GUGCGUAUUAGGGAGAGCGGAAGUGAGCCCCGGAUGGUGCGCGUGUGCUCUGCCAGCCAUGGCGGCCACCAAGGAACUUUUGGAGUUCCAUGCCAAGCAACCCUGGCGCGGAGAAGAGACAGUAGAAGAUCCGGAUGAGGAGGACGAGGAGGAUAACCGUGAAGCCGACAAUGGAUUCUCUCUGGAAGAAGUGUUACGACUCGGAGGCACCAAGCAAGAUUACCUUAUGCUCGCUACUUUGGAUGAGAAUGAGGAAGUGGUGGAUGGAGGCAAAAAAGGAGCAAUUGACGACCUUCACCAAGGUGAAUUGGAAGCAUUUAUUCAAAAUCUUAGUUUGGCCAAGUAUGCAAAAACUUUCUUAAUUAAAGAAGAUGAACCAACUAAAAAAGAAAAUGCCAACAAAAGAGAAACAAAAAUACCUAAAGUUGAAAAUAAAAGGCAAAAUGCAGUGGAAAGCGAAAGGACAUCAAUCAGUAAAGGGAAAAAUAAGAAGAGGCCAGAACAACAUUCUAAUGAGAAUGAUAGUGCCAUCCCAAAAGGAAAGAAAGAUAAACAACAGGACAUCUUUGAAUUUCUUGAGAGACAGACGUUGUUACUCAAGCCUGGAGGUAAAUGGUAUGACCUAGAGUAUAGCAAUGAAUACUCUCUGGAACCCCAGCCUAAGGAUGUUGUGCUUAAGUACAAAAACCUGGCUCAGAAGCUGUAUGAGCAUGAAAUCAAUUUAUUCAAAAGUAAGACAAGUAAUCAAAAGGGAGGCUCUUCUACCUGGAUGAAAGCAAUUGUGUCAUCGGGGACACUGGGUGACAGGAUGGCAGCCAUGAUUCUUCUUAUUCAGGAUGAUGCUGUUCACACCCUCCAGUUUGUAGAGACUCUUGUGAACCUUGUUAAGAAGAAAGGCAGCAAACAGCAGUGCCUACAGGCUUUGGAUACUUUCAAAGAGUUACUCAUCACAGAUCUUUUGCCAGACAGCCGAAAGCUGAGGACUUUCAGCCAGAGGCCUUUCAACAAACUAGAACAGUUGGCCAGUGGCAACAAGGACUCAAGAGACAGAAGACUGAUACUGUGGUAUUUUGAACACCAGCUGAAACACUUGGUGGCUGAAUUUGUGCAGGUCUUAGAAACUUUAAGUCACGAUUCAUUGGUAACCACUAAAACUCGAGCCCUUAUAGUGGCUCAUGAGCUUCUUUGUAAUAAACCUGAGGAAGAAAAAGCCCUUCUUGUGCAGGUGGUCAAUAAACUGGGAGAUCCUCAGAACAGAAUAGCUGCAAAAGCCUCCCACCUGUUAGAGACGUUACUUUCUAAACAUCCCAAUAUGAAAGGUGUUGUGUGUGGUGAAGUGGAAAGGCUACUUUUUCGCUCAAAUAUCAGCUCCAAAGCCCAGUAUUAUGCAAUUUGCUUUUUAAAUCAAAUGGUCCUCUCCCAUGAAGAAAGUGACCUGGCUAACAAAUUAAUAACUCUUUAUUUUUGUUUUUUUCGGACUUGUAUCAAGAAAAAAGAUAUUGAGUCAAAAAUGCUUAGUGCUCUUUUAACAGGAGUGAACAGGGCAUAUCCUUACGCCCAGAGUGGUGAUGACAAAGUGAGGGAGCAGGUUGACACGCUGUUUAAAGUGUUGCAUGCCGUGAAUUUCAGUACCAGUGUGCAGGCUUUAAUGUUGCUUUUCCAAGUAAUGAAUUCUCAGCAGACCAUAUCCGAUCGCUAUUACAUGGCAUUAUACAGAAAGAUGUUGGAUCCAGGGCUGAUGAUGUGUUCCAAGCAAGCUAUGUUUCUUAAUCUAGUCUACAAGUCUCUGAAAGCGGACAUUGUGUUGCGCCGUGUGAAGGCGUUUGUGAAGAGGUUACUUCAGGUUACUUGUGGACAGAUGCCACCAUUCAUAUGUGGAGCUCUGUAUCUUGUGUCUGAGAUCCUUAAAGCAAAACCAGCCUUAAGAAGUCAACUAGAUGACCAUCCAGAGUCUGAUGAUGAAGAAAAUUUUGUUGACUUAGGAGAUGAUGAAGACAUAGAAAAAUUCACUGAUGCAGACAAAGAAACAGACACAGAGAAAAAAGUUGAGACAGAGGAAACUGUGCCUAAAAGUGGUAAAGAAACCGAAAAAGCAAAGGUUGCUUCAUGGGUACACGUUGAUAAUCUGAAAGGUGGUAAACACUUAAAUAAGUAUGAUCCAUUCAGCAGAAACCCUUUGUUCUGCGGAGCUGAAAAUACAAGUCUUUGGGAACUCCAAAAGCUGUCUGAGCAUUUUCAUCCCUCUGUGGCCCUUUUUGCAAAGACUAUCCUUCAGGGAAAUUAUAUUCAGUAUUCAGGGGACCCACUGCAGGAUUUCACUCUAAUGAGAUUCUUGGAUCGUUUUGUAUACCGAAAUCCAAAGCCACAUAAAGGCAAAGAAAACACAGACAGCGUUGUGAUGCAACCAAAGAGGAAACAUUUUAUAAAGGAUAUUCGUAGUCUUGCUGUGAACAGCAGGGAAUUCCUCGCCAAAGAAGAGAGCCAGAUACCAGUGGAUGAAGUGUUUUUCCACAGGUAUUAUAAAAAAGCUGCCACUGUUAAAGAGAAGCAAAAACGGAAUGCAGAUGAAGAAAGUAUAGAAGAUGUGGAUGAUGAGGAAUUCGAAAAGAUGAUUGAUACAUUUGAAGAUGAUAACUGUUUCAUAUCUGGAAAGGAUGAUCUUGAUUUUGCUGGCAAUGUGAAAAAGAAAAGAAAAGGAGUUAAGGAUAACGCAGAAGAUGACGAUUCAGAGGGCAGUGAUGAUGAACUGGAUAACCUGGAUGAUGAUGAAGUUUCUUUAGGAAGUAUGAAUGAAGAAUUUGCUGAAAUCGAUGAAGAUGGAGGAACCUUCAUGGAUUUGUUAGAUGAUGAAAGUGAAGGCAUUCCAGAACUUGAGAAAGUCAGCUCCAAAGUCAAUACUAAGAAAAGCAAGAGAAAAGGUGCAGCUGAUCUUGAUUUUGCUGAGUCAUUUCAAGGACCAAGGAAAAAAAAGAAAAGAAACCUCAAUGACUCCAGCCUAUUUGUGUCUGCUGAAGAGUUUGGCCACCUGUUAGAUGAAAAUAUGGGAUCCAAGUUUGAUAACAUUGGCAUGAAUGCUAUGGCUAACAAAGACAAUGCAAGUCUCAAACAGCUUAGAUGGGAGGCCGAGCGUGAUGACUGGCUACACAACAGAGAUGUGAAAAGUAUCAUCAGGAAAAAGAAAAACUUCAAAAAGAAGAAGCCGAAAACCACCCAAAAAGCUAAAAAGCAAAGGAAAUGAAUGUUUUUAAAGUAAAUUAUAAUUAAAAU